AUGACCUAUCGUCUAACCCACAGAAGUCUGGCUGGCAGCAUCGCUGAUCUAAGUGAUAUUGCAGAAGAGUUCCUCAUAUGUCCGAUAUGCUCCGAAGAUUUUAGUGAUCCUCGCACGCUUUCUUGCCUUCAUUCUUUCUGCCAUGACUGUAUCUCUGAACAUAUUCUCCAGAGUACGCAUGACCAACGCCCACCCAAAUCAUUUAGCUGUCCCGUCUGCAAACGUGUUAUCGAUGGACCGAUUCAUGUUCCGGUUGAGUCUUGGGCAAAUGUCUUGCCUGUCAAUAAUUUUAUCAAUGGAUUAUUGGAUGCCGCAAAACUGCGCGCAGAAGACAGAAGAUGUGAUACUUGUCUACAUCGAAACCGGAAGGUACUCGCUAAUUUCUGGUGUGAUGAUUGCAGUGAGGCUUUAUGCCAUGAAUGUCAUGAAGUCCAUGGUAGCAUGAAGUUUACACAGUCCCAUCAAGUAGUUGAGAUUGAAAACAUAAAACAACAUCCCUUCAAGAGCACCACAAUACAUGCAGUCUGUCCAGAUCACAAUGGGAAAUUUCUUGAUUUCUAUUGCGAUGACCAUGGGACCAUUCUUUGUGCCACCUGUGUGACAGUCAACCACAGACAAUGUUCGAGCGUCAAGACGUGUAACGAGGCAGCAGCUGAACAUAAAGACGAGAGUCGUGCCUUGAUAGAGAAUUUGAAGCAUCAGACGGAUUGGUCAGUCCGAAUCAUGGACAAUCGCAAGCACUGUGUUGAAUCGCUUGAAGAUGCAGCCAAACACGUGAGGAACCAAAUAGCAAAUAUUAGAAAACAAAUAAACGACGUACUAGAUGCUCAAGAAAACCGCAUCAUAGAAGAACUUGAAGACCUGAAAAGGAUAGAAAUGGAAAUUUUAGAGACAGAGAAAGAGACAUGUAAAGGCAUCAUUAGCACAACACGAAAUUCUGCAGCACUUCUGAAAAACGCCCUUAAACAUGGUACGGAUACCGACCUGCUAUCCUGCAUUGCGCAAAUAAAGAAGGAAACACGCAUUAGCGAGAAAACAUUGAAGAACAUUUCGAACCAACUUAAGGACGUCUAUGUCGAUUUUAAACCAGACAAAAAUUUACCAACUGUUCUGCAACAGUUAAAGGAGCUGGGAAGUUUUGCUGUGGCCCGACAAAGCAUUCUUAUUCCGCCAUCGUACGCGGUUCGAGCGGACACAAUUCUGAUGACCGAAGUCAAGGAAGAUGUCGAACACGAACGUCGCCCUACGAUUGAAAAAGAGGAUUACCAAAGACAGAAAGAGACCGUCAUUCAGGAUCUGAGGGAUUUCAAGAACCUUGUUCUUCCACCAAUCGUGAAUACCCCGGUAUCCUCCACGCCACAGAAAUUAAGUACAUAUCGUAGCGCUAGGAAACAGAGAUCCUCUACUGUCCGAAUAGCUACUCUCGACAGCACAUUCCGUGGACAAACACCGAAUGACCGAGAAAACUGUUCCCUCACCGGGGCAGUAUUUAUUGGAAAUGGUCGAAUUAUUCUUGUUGACCAAGUUCACAGAAAACUUAAGCUCUUUGAUCAUCAGUACAAAUGGAUAGCUGAGAAAGUAUUAUCAGUCAGACCUUACGAUGUUGCUAGUUGCAGUGGAACUGAAGUUGCUGUCACUCUACCAAAAGAAAAGAGAGUUUUACUAUUUUCCGUAAGAGAUUCCGAUAUUUCUCUAACUGGGGGUUUUCAAACUGGAGCAAAAUGUUUUGGCAUUGGAUGUACUCAAGAUUUAUUUGCCAUUUCAUGCUACACUUCCCCUCCGUCCGUAAAGAUCAUGACGCGCGAUGGACGCGAACUUCAUGUUUUCAAGCAAGAUCAGUUUGGGCAGGAUCUGUUUUUCUUCCCCGAUUACGUCACAGUCGACAAGGAAGGAAAGAACCUCUAUGUAACUGACAAGUAUAAGAAAUCUGUGAUAUCCCUGACAACCAAAGGGGAGAAGCGAUGGGAGGUUCGAUACCACCACUUGAAAGGGGCACGAGGAGUCGCUGUUCAUGGAACACGUGUUUUUGUCGCAGGAAAUCGCUCACACAAUAUUCUUGAAAUGUCCACUGAAGGGGAAAUAAUUGGAGCCAUAGUAAUUGACGGUGUCAACAAUCCUCAUAAGUUGUGUGUCAGCCCCGGUGGGGACCGACUACUCGUUACUCAGCAUCACUUGACCUUGCCCAAGGGCGAGAAGAAUAUUGUGAAAAUUUUCAAAUUACCGAAGAGAAAAAUAUAACAUAUUUACUUGAAUUU